AUGAAUCACACAACGAAAAUUAAGAAAUUGCCUGUGACAGUACUUUGCGGUUUUUUAGGGUCAGGAAAGACAACCUUAUUAAAUUAUAUUUUAAAAUAGAGACAUGAUUAUAGAAUAGCUGUAAUCGUAAAUGACAUGGGAGAGAUAAAUGUGGAUUCAAAUUUAAUAAAGGAAGGAAAGUUUAGUGUAAAAAAGACAAAAGAAAAACUAGUUGAGAUGUCAAAUGGAUGUAUAUGUUGUACAUUAAGGUAAAAAUAAAGUUAAAUAAGUUUAGAGAGGAUUUAAUAAAACACAUAUCGAAGAUAGCUAAAUCAGGAAAGUUUGAUUAUAUGUUGAUAGAAAGUACAGGGAUAGCUGAACCUUUACCAAUAGCUUAAGCAUUUUAUUUUGAGAAUGAGGAGAUGAGAAAGAAGGGUUAAAUGUUAAAGAAGUUUGCUAGACUUGAUACAAUGGUCACGAUGGUAUCUUAAAAUAUAUUAUAUAUUUAGAUUGAUGCUUUAAAUUUCUUAGAUUAAUUGUAAUCAGAUAAAUAAGGUGAGGAAAUGAAUGUAGAUAAUAAAUAGAUGGAUUAGAUUCCAUUAUCAUAAUUAUUAUUAGAUUAAGUAGAGUUUGCUAAUGUGAUAAUCUUAAAUAAGACAGAUUUAGUGGAUUAGGAAAGAAAAGAAUUUAUAUUGAAUUUAUUAAAAAAAUUAAAUCCUAAUGCUAAGAUAAUUGAAUCUAUAUAGGGAUAAAUAGAUUUAAAAGAGAUUAUCAAUACUAAAUUAUUCAAUUUUGAAGAAGCAUCUACAACUGGAAAAUGGAUAGCGGAACUUUAAAAGCCUAUUCAUAAAAGUGAAAUUGAAGAGUAUGGAAUAUAAUCUUGUGCUUUUAAGUCAAGGAGAGCAUUUAAUCCUGAUAAAUUAUUUUAAUUGAUAGAAAGAAAUAAUAAAGAAGAAGUUUCUUUUUGGAAUAAUAUAAUAAGAUGUAAAGGUUACAUGUGGGUUGCAAGUUGGGAAAGAUUAAACAUUCAUAUUCAUAAAGCAGGAACAUAAUUGACUUAUCAUCCUGGUUCUUUUUGGUGGAUAUCUAUUCCUAAGAAAGUCUGGGCUGAUACUAAAGAAGAAGUUGAUGUAAAUUAUUUAUUUAAUAUUAAUAGGCUAUUUGGGAUGGAGUCAAACAUAAUUGGUUACCUGAACCUAUUGGUGAUAGAAGAUAAGAGAUUGUAUUCAUUGGAUAAAAUUUACCUAAAUAAGAAAUCUUAGAAGCUUUUGAAAGUUGUUUAUUAAGUGAAUAAGAAAUGAUUAAAUUUUUAUAAAAUGGAUGGGAUAAUACUAAUGAUCCAUUUCCUAAAGAUUGGGGAAAGUUAGUUAAAGAAUUUGAAGAUCUAGGAGAACUUAGAGGUAAUGAAGGAGAAUGGGAAGAUGUUUGGGAUGAGGAAGGUGAAAUGUAAGAAGAACAUUAAGAAGAAGAGGUAUCAAUAUAAGAAGAAGUGUAAUAAUAAUAAUAAUUGAUAUAAUAAUGA